AUGCUACUCCUAGCGACCCUAAUCACUCUGCUGAGCAUCGCAGAAGCCAGCCUCAAAACCCCACGAACCGCACUCACCCCGUGCGCCGGUGGCCCAACCGCGUCAUUACUAGCCGCAACCCCCCUCGCCACCCCCCCAGCCGCAAUAAGCGGCGUUCUCCCCUUCCUCCCCAACGGGACGCGGCACCAUUUCCCGCCUUACCCCACCGCCGCCUCCGCCUCCGGGGGCCAUAGGAGCUUCGGCCACCACGGGACUGCCUCGCACAUCCUACCCACGGGGACCAGAGGAGGAGAGGGACUCCGCCACCCCCACCCCGCAAAAGCGCCCACGAUCACGCCGUCUCCGGAACUACCGGGAGGCAACUUCCACGAGCUGGGAGGUGGCGCGAACGUGAAGUUCGUGCAGACGACGUACUGGAGCUGCGUCACGUGGCCGUCGGAGACGCACUGCGGCUGGCACGAGCCGAUCCUCGACGCGAGUAACGCCGCAAGGGGGGUAAGCGACAGUGGCCGCGCUGCGCUGUGGGCUGGUGUUGUUGUUGUUGUUGUUGUUGUUGCGGGGGUCGUGUUGGGGAUGUGA